AUGCUUACCACUUAUCAAAGCGAUGCUUUUGUUGGUAUUUUAUAUGGAGCUGCUGUGAUAGUAUCUUUACAUAAUUUUAUCAUAUCAAUCGUUUUAUACAAAGCUCGUAAAUCAAAUGUUUCUAAUAUCAACAAAAUUAUCUUGAAUCUUAGUUGCAUGAUACUUUUCUUAUUCAGAUUUGUAUUGGCAUUUGCACCUACCUGGAUAGAUUUAUCUGGUUGCCAUUUUAUAAGUUAUAUGGCACAUAUUGUAACAUUUUUUUAUGGAACAUCCUUAGCAAUUUUUUUAUUGUGGCGUUUAAGACAAAUUGAAAGUUCGCAAUUAGAUAAAUGGGCGAGCAUCAUCUUAUUAUCAACAAGAACAAUAGCUCACCUUACAACAUUUGGUUUCGUAAGAGUAUUUCUAUCCAAACGCCCACUUCGAAAUUGGUGUAUAAUUGAUCAAACCAGGUUAAAAAUACCAGAAACAAUCACAGUAGUCAUAGACUUUUUGAUUGAUAUAUAUAUUACGGUUAGAUUAGUACAAGUCCUUCGUAUUGCCAACGAGAAUGCAGCAGGUCUCGGAUCAAGUGUGGGUAGGAAAACGAAACGAACACUAUUUACUGCAGUUAUGUAUUGGAAUUUUGUUCGUUUGGCAGUGGCUUUUGGACUAAAUUUAAUAACAGUUGUGGUCCUUGUAACUAGGAGUACACGUAUUGGAUCCAUCCCUGAUCAGCUUGUAGCUAUAACCUUUUUUAAUACAUUUUUCUUUAUUCUAAUGUCAUAUGUUGUGACCGUAGAUGCUGAAAUUGUUAAAGUAAUCGAAGGUGAAAAUCAAAAUAAAAAAGGAUCAAGUAAAUCUACAAGUGAAAAAUCGAGUUACCCUAGUUCCCCCACGAAUCGCGCGACUGCUGGUUCAGGAUCACUUCCAAAAUAUAAUACAUCUGAUACGCCUACUUCACCUACUUCAAAAAAUGAUUAUGAUAUAUCCAUGAAAAGAUUGUCAUUCUUUGAAUGGGCUAACUUUGUUCUGGGCUUUCGACAUGAAAAUAAUAACAUGCAGGAAUUUACCCAAAAGGAAUUUGAAGAAAUUAUUGGAGGAUCUUCAGAAGCUAACAAUCGUGACCCCGAAAAAGGAGAAACUACUAAUGAUCCAAAUCGCAACAGCAAUAUUAGUGGAGGAUCAACAAUAAUCAUCCCUGACGUUUAA